UGGGGUCAUUCUUGAGGCCUGUUUUCUGCUAUUUCUCACACUCUUGAUCUAGCUAGUAAAUCAAAAAUGGUAUUUGUGCUUUCGGUUGUUUCUCCAAGCUAUUGGGAGAUGUUUCUUAGGGGAAUUUUAGAGGUGGAAUAGUGUCAACUUGUUGAUGCAUGCUAGUAAUUAACCUUAUACUUCUUCAAGUGUUAUUGUUCUUCUCUCAUUCUUGUUUUUAAAUCUCAAGUUUUGGGUGAUCAAAAACUUGAGAUUAGAACAUUGUAAUCAUUAAAUUUUAGUGUGGUCCCCUCAGAUUUUGCCACAUGGUUUUCCUUUCACAUUGAAGGGUUUUCCAUGUUAAAUUUGGUGUUUUGUUUUAAUUUGUGCUUGUGUCUGUAUCUAUAACUCAUACACAGACAGGAAGGCCUUGCUUCCCAACAAAAAGUGGGUGGGAUAGCUUUAGGUUCCAGUCCCAAUUCUAAAUCCCUCCUUUUUUUUUAUUUUUUUUCUGAAAAAGUUAUGCUUAAUAGUAAUGAGUCUCAAUCAGCCAGAAAAACAAACAAGAUUGCAGCCUAUUACAGCACUAAAAGGGAUAGAGAUAGAGAUAGAGAUAGAGACAGAGAGAGAAGGAGAUUGCAGAAUUUUAAUGUCAACCUAUGUCCACAGAAGGGAUUUUUCACUGUCAUUCACACUCCCACUGAUUCUCUUUUAAAGGAGAAAGGGUGGAGAGAAUCAAGAGUCAAUACACUUGUAAGGAAAGCUAAAAAGAGCAACCCAAUGCACAAGGCUCCUGCUACUGCAGGGUCUGGUAGGGGCAAAUGUACACAGCCUUACCCCCUGCUUCACAGGAGAGGCUAUUUCCAAGUUUUAAACCUGUGACCAACAUGUUGCAAUAGUGCAACUUAAUUUGAUUCUUACAUUUCUACAAGAGAUCUCCUAGCGCAGUCCAUGAACAUCAAGUUGAUCUCUCUUAUACUGCCAAAUCCUUAGCCUUCAUCUGUUUAGCACAAUAGGGUUUUGCUUUCCUUUGUUGUUAAACUGUAUUAGGUAUUGAUACCACUGUAAUUCUGAUUCCCUUGUGAUCUUAUUUCUUUUUUCUGCAUUUUCUUAGUUUCACUGCCUAUAUAUAAGAGCAACCGUGAACCUGCAGAUCAUGUUAGUAUGAUAUUUUUCAAUGCUCUCCAACAUCAACCUUGGAUGGUGUUUCUGUUCCCUUUCUCUAGAUGCUCCUUUUCCACUCCCAAUUAUCUCUCUUGGGUUCAUUAGUAUGAUGCCUUAAUGCUUCAUGAUAUGCAUUACUUUCUCCCUCUCUCAUCUCUUUCAACUUCUAGGAUUGGAGAUCAAAUGAUUGAAGGCGAGAACUUUGACCCAUCUUUCUGAUACAAUCCAUUGGAGACAUCAGGAAGAGGAGGAGAGCAAAAUACAGAGGCUAAUGGUCUCCGACAAGAACAACUUCAACCUUUCAGGACCUUCACACCUCACAACUGUUGAUUGGAAUAAUGCAGAUGACCAUAGAUCUGUUGCUGCCAGUAUGGUGAAUGGUGUCUAUAUUUUAGAGCGUGAACACAAGAAGAAUCGUAAUGGACCUCAAACUCUUGCUCCACCCUGGUGGGAGUUCUUCCAUUUUCAGUUGCAUCAUUCAAUCAUGGAUGAUAAAUCCAUCUGUGGUGCUGUUUAUGAAUUCAAACCCCCGGCUUCUACUUCUCAUCUCUCAAUCCACAAGGCCCCAAGAUAUGUCAUUGCCUUCCGAGGCACAAUCCUUGGGAAAGGCUCCUGGAUAUGCGACAUCAAAUCAGAUAUCCUUCUCUUCAAAAAUGAGAUUACUGCGUACUCACGCUAUGAGGUUGGAGUGAAAGCUGUCAAGGAAAUGGUAGCCGAAGUUGGAGCUUCAAAUAUCUGGUUAGCUGGUCAUUCUUUGGGCUCUGCCAUGGCAAUGUUCGCAGGCAAGUACAUGGCGAAGGCAGGUGUUUAUCUCCAAUCUUUCCUCUUUAAUCCACCACUUGUGUCUAUGCCAAUUGAGUGGAUCAAGGAUGAGAAACUGAAAAAAUAUAUCCGAACAACAACAAGUAUGAUCACGGCUGCAUUCAAUAUUCUCCCAAAGAAUUCACGCCGGAAGUCUGCAUUAGAUGUUGAUUUUGUUGCCUUGUCUUCAUGGGUCCCCUGUUUGUUUCUCAAUCGAGCAGAUCUCAUCUGCUCGGAGUUUAUUGGUUAUUUUGAAAACAGGAAACGGAUGGAGGAGUUUGGAGGUAGGGAACUUUUAGAACUAACUGCACUGAAUUCCAUCCCUAAUCUUCUGCUUGUGAAGACAGAGUCAGAACCUAUGCACGUCCUCCCUUCUGCAGAUCUAAUCAUUUACUCAAGCCCAUCAUUAAAAUCUACACUGCAUGCUCAUGAACUUUGCCACUGGUGGAGCAAAGAAGUGAGCAAGAAGACUACUACUCUAUACCAAUAUAGAGGAAAGUGAGUCCCUAGCUAUGUGUUUCUGGUUAAUGUACUCUGAUAAUAACUUAAUAAUUGUCCUAUAGGGAGAUGGAUCAAUAAACCCAGAUGAAGGGAUCAAUCCUA